AUGAAAUAUGCACCAGCAAGUCAUCUGGUAUUUGAGCUUGUGCCAGAGCAUUUUCAUUUGGAGAUGGACAGGCUGUACCAAGCUUUGGGUGCACCCAAAGUGACCAUGGGAAACUUUUGGACAAUAUAUCAAGAACUGCUGGAAGGAUGUGUACAGAGUGCAAUGCUCUCAUUGCCUUUGCUUUCUGCUAGGGCAGAAGAGGAACUGCAAAUGUUGAACAAGUACAUGGAUUUGUGCCCACAUGAAGUGGAUGAUGAAACAGAUGAGGAUGAUGGUGCAUGUGUUCUGGGAGGUGGAUACUAUGAUGCCCUUCAAGGAAUUGAGGAGCCUGGAAAUACAGUCAUGUGGGAUCUGGAGGACCUCCUACAUGUCAGGGUUCACCCAGUUUUGGUGCAAAUUUGA